AUGCUCUGUCCUAAAUGCGGCAAAACUUUGCUCGCACGCGAAGGUAUCCUUCAAGCUGGUCGUAAGUAUCAUCGAGAGUGUUGGACUUGUGCACAAUGCUCAGCCCCAUUAACAUCCUGGGUUCGAUUACAACCAAUCAGUGAUGAAUACCUUUGUAACAUCUGUCAUAUUAGAAAGAAUGGAUUGAGAGAAGGAAUGCUUUUUGCUAAUUGGAAGAAGCAAACAGAUUCAAGUUCGACUUUAAACAUACAAUCAGCAAAAUUGUCCGACGAUAUUCUUCUUAUUUGA